CGGGAGGCAUGCAGAUCUUUGUCAAGACCCUCACUGGCAAGACCAUCACCCUGGAGGUUGAGUCCUCAGACACCAUUGACAAUGUGAAGGCCAAGAUCCAGGACAAGGAGGGCAUCCCCCCGGACCAGCAGCGCCUGAUCUUUGCUGGCAAGCAGCUGGAGGAUGGUCGCACCCUCGCCGACUACAACAUCCAGAAGGAGUCCACCCUCCACCUGGUGCUCCGCCUCCGCGGUGGCGCCAAGAAGCGCAAGAAGAAGACGUACACCAAGCCCAAGAAGCAAAAGCACAAGCACAAGAAGGUGAAGCUCGCCGUCCUCCAGUUCUACAAGGUCGACGACGCCACCGGCAAGGUAACCAGGCUCAGGAAGGAGUGCCCCAACGCCGAUUGCGGCGCCGGGACCUUCAUGGCCAACCACUUCGACCGCCACUACUGCGGCAAGUGCGGCCUCACCUAUGUCUACAACCAGAAGGCUAUUUACACGUUUCUAGGUGUCAAUGUAAUUUACACUUUUGGGGGGGCAAGUGAACGGAAUAUACAUGUUUAUAUUGACAGUGGAUCGAACCCUCCUGACGAGUCAUGGGCCACAAACAUAAUCAAUCCGAUACAGCCCAGCCCAAAAUACCAUCGACGAAAGCCAGCCGUCCGAUCUGGAACCCCUAGAUCCGACAGCUCAUAUUCUCCUGCCGAUUGUACUUAUAGAAAGCCUGACUCUCCCUUCACCCUAGCCCGCAUACCGCCGCCCAACCCCCACCCCAGCGCAGCAGCAGCCGCCGCCACCGUCGCCGCCGCAGCGCGCGGAGGCGACCACCCCACCGCCGCCAAGAUGCAGAUCUUCGUGAAGACCCUGACGGGUAAGACCAUCACGCUGGAGGUGGAGUCGUCGGACACCAUCGACAACGUCAAGGCCAAGAUCCAGGACAAGGAGGGGAUCCCGCCGGACCAGCAGCGCCUCAUCUUCGCCGGCAAGCAGCUCGAGGACGGCCGCACCCUCGCCGACUACAACAUCCAGAAGGAGUCCACCCUCCACCUGGUGCUCCGCCUCCGCGGUGGCGCCAAGAAGCGCAAGAAGAAGACGUACACCAAGCCCAAGAAGCAAAAGCACAAGCACAAGAAGGUGAAGCUCGCCGUCCUCCAGUUCUACAAGGUCGACGACGCCACCGGCAAGGUAACCAGGCUCAGGAAGGAGUGCCCCAACGCCGAUUGCGGCGCCGGGACCUUCAUGGCCAACCACUUCGACCGCCACUACUGCGGCAAGUGCGGCCUCACCUACGUCUACAACCAGAAGGCUUAGAGGUGGCUUGCGAUUGCUCUUCAAAUUGAACUCAUUUAUAUGUGUCCCGUUUGUCUUUGAAAACUGAAACCUUGGAGUAUUAUGUUAUCUUUCCUGGAUAUUACUGAUAUGCGAUGUGGGCUUAAAUUUUGGUCA